CAUUAAAACUAGACUGCAUUGUGUUGACGCUGUUCACAGCCACAAGAGAUUUAUUUUGAAACUUAAAACCGGAAGUCACGCCGUUUCAUCUGGCCAGUGUGUUAGUGAGUUUAGCCCUCCUCCCCUCCCAACAUCAGUCUCUCCUCUAGUGAGAUGAGGGUGGAGUGAAAACUGAAGGAGAUAUUCUACUACGACAUAAAUCGACGAACUCAACUAACGCACUGACAUUGUUUUGUACUUUUCUUUAUUAUUUUGGAGUUUAAGUUCCGGCUGUCAGCAAUGAACUCAUCAAGCAGUCGUCCCUCCAGAGUCUUUAACAACCCCUUCGUCCACAACCUGAAAUUCACCAUGGGAGAGAAAAUAAAGAUAGGACUGAUGUCAGUCACCGUGUUCCCGGUGCGGCUGCUGCUGGUGUCCUUCCUCAUGCUGCUGGCGUGGCCCUUCGCCUUCACAGCCUCGCUGGGACGUUCGGAUUUUGUCCUCGAGCCUCAGUCGUGGUGGAGGAGGUUUGUAGAUCUGUGUCUACGUGUGAUCAUGAGAGCGAUGUGGUUCUGCGGAGGGUUCCACUGGAUCAAGGUGAAAGGGGAACGGGCGCCGCCCUCUGAAGUUCCCAUCAUCACCGUGGCACCACACUCCACCUACUUCGACGCCAUCCCAGUCACCAUGACCAUGUGCUCCAUAGUCACCAAGCUGGAGAGCAGGAGCAUUCCCGUCUGGGGCACUCUGAUCAGCUACAUCAGGCCUGUGUUUGUGUUUCGGUCGGAUCAGGAGUCCAGGAGGAAAACUGUGGAGGAGAUCAAGCGGAGAGCCCGUUCAGGAGGCGAGUGGCCUCAGAUCAUGAUAUUCCCAGAGGGGACGUGCACCAACAGGUCGGGGCUAAUCUUAUUCAAGGCUGGUGCUUUUAUACCAGGACUCCCAGUGCAGCCUGUGGUGCUACGCUACCCAAACAAACUGGAUACUGUUUCAUGGACGUGGCAAGGUCCCGGAGCGUUCAAGAUCCUAUGGCUUACUUUGUGCCAACCUCAUAACUCCAUGGAGAUAGAGUAUUUGCCUAUUUAUACUCCAUCCAAAGAGGAGAAGGAGAACCCUGCCCUGUUUGCCAACAAUGUCAGAAAGCUCAUGGCCAAGGCGCUGGACCUGCCACUCACAGACCUCUCCUUUGAUGACCGUGAGAUCAGCCUAUCACAGGGCCCGCUGCGCAUAUUUGACUGCAGCAGCCUGCUGGAGUUCAACCAGCUGGUGUGCCGCUUGGGGCUGAGAGCAGGAAUGAGAGACAAAGACUUGGAGGAGCAGGCCAGAAGAGCCAGGAAGCUGCAGGGCGAGCGGCUCAGUGUGGACGACUUCGCCCAGUUCCUCAACCAGCCAGUUACAGACACACUCACACAAGUCCACAGUCUCUUUGACCAGCGUGGAGAUGGACAGAUAGACGUCAGACUCUAUGUUAUUGCUCUGUCUACUGUUCAUCGGCCAUUAGAGUCCAUGGAGAGCCUCAGACUGGCCUUUAAGAUGUAUGAGAGCGAGGAGGACCGGUACGUCCUAGAGGAGGACCUCGCCGCCAUCUUGGAAAUAAUGUUAGGAGUGAAAGAGGUGGAACUUUCAGGUCUGUUUUUAGUGAUGGACCAACCUGACGCAGAGAAGAUCACAUAUGAUGAACUUCAUCGUUUUAUAGAGCAGCACCCACGCUUAGUCCAGGAUGUCCUCGAUUUUAAAAACCAUCCGCGCAAACAUUGCUGCGUCCGACGUCCGAGCCGCAACGGCGAGAACAAAGAUGACUGAAGAACGGACUUUAUUGACCUUCUCUAUCUGAUGUAACAGCAUAUCCAAACGCUGCAUCUUUCCCAUCACCUCUGUGCCUUUUUAAUGCAGGUAGAGAAAGGAAGAGACAGACAGUAACAAAGUUGUGAAGAACGGUAAUGGAUGGAUCAGUGCAGCACAGAUAAUGGAACAUAUCUCAGAUCUUUCUUUGCAUUCCUUUGUAUUUUUGUUCCCAUUAUGGUAUAAAGAAACACUUUUUUUCUCUGCAUAUAUAUUAUUUAUUUUUACAUGUAUUUUCUUAUGUAUGACAUACAGAUGUUUAAGAAGAUAGCUGAUGAAAAAGGGUUUUUUAAAUUUAUUUAUAUAUAUAUAUUUUUAGCCCUUUUGUUGAUCUCAGGCAAAAUGGACACUAGCACACUGCCCUGUCUGCUGCUCUUCAUAAUCAUAGCGUACAUAGGAACCUAAUUUCAGGUAAAAGGGAUCAGGAUAUAAAUCAUGCUCCCAUUCUGUGAUAAGACACCAAACUAUGUAAUAAAGACUAUGCACAUUGAGAGAAAUUAGUUCUUACUUUAACCAGCUGUGUCACUGCCAUAGAGUUACAAGCGUUUGAGAGGACAGUUGACGAUGACCAGGAAGUGACUUUGCUGUUUUCUUUAUUUUAUUUGGUAAUAUGAUGAGCAAUCUUCAUUUUAUUUGUAAAAAUCUGCAUACUGUUCUUCAAAAACAGUUGUUCUCACACUUCAAGGAACCAAUUUCACAUUCAAGAGGAAGAUUGUUUGGUGUUUUUGGACCAGCAGUUCCUUCUUUUAACCCAUUGAGGCCUGAAAUGCCUGUAAAACCGGCAAAAAAACGGGCGAUUUUAAAAUAACUAACCCCUAAAACCUGAAAUUUUUCUGGAAAUUCAACAGAAGUGUCAACGCUUCUACUAAAUAAUAGAUUUUUCAGCCUCUGUAGCAGAUGAAAUUCAAAAAGUAUUUGAGAGCUUAUACAAAUACUACAAAACGACGUAUCCGUUGUCCAGGCUUCAAUGGGUUAAACCUCAGGCAUAGAGGUAUACGACACAUACUGUAUGUUCAUUUUCCUGAGACGUUGCAUUUUUCUGCUUGUUAAAUAUUGAUCUCAGAUGGGCUAUCCUGGGUUGACACACUUUGUACCUUUUUGGCUGCAAUUUUUCAGAAAAGUUCAAUUUUUCAAUCAGAGUCCUAAAUGCAGAAAUCAAAGCUCCUUGG